UCUGCAUGUGUUCUCACCUGUGUUUGGAUUGCAGUCAGUUGUGCUGCCUUUUCUUCCAUUGGGGAGUAUUCACCUCUUGCUUUUUUCUUCCAAAUUUCACAAGCAGUUUGAAGCUAGAGCUUAUAGAGUGUGCUGUGGAUUUCACCAUCUCAAUUCUCUUACCAUGGCUUGUAUUGAAAUCACAAAACCUUUUCAAAGAAAUUAAAAACUACACUGAGUUUUCAAGCAGUAGGCCUUGGGUCACUAGGCUGGUUGUGUCAAAAUACAUUAUUUUUACUGCUUUGUGUAGUUUACUGUUCUGUGUGCUUGACUGAUAUAAGUAAAAAAUGCUAAUCUGAUAAAUGGCUUCUCUCACCAGAGAAGGUCAAACUUUCUUAGCUCGUUUUCUGUAAAUAUAUGUUUUUCUUAUCAGGGCAAUGAAGCAUUAUUUUGGGAAAGUGAAAGCACAGGGAACAUCUGCUUACGGCUGAAAUUUAUCUGUAUACUCUAUGAAGAUCUACAAGGAAAUAUUUUUUUUUAGAUUAUUCUGCUCACAAGCAGAGAAACAAGCUAAAUUUCUCAAAUGUUUCAUCCUAAAUAACUUUAGUUAUUUAGUGAAGUGCGGUGACAGCUGAUAGCAACAGGCUCUGGGAGGGCUUUGCUGGGCACAGUACAACCCUAAUACUCUCCUUUGAAGGACAUCUGUUAUACAUCUCUUUGAAUGGCGCUGGGCUGAUAUUGCUCUUUCAGUGUGAACGCUAUUUAGCUCCUCAUGGAUUUGGAGGAGUUCAGCUGCAGUAGGAACCGUACCAUCUUGCAGGAGUAUAAAUUGCCAGCAGGGAGACCGGAGCCCCACACUGAAGGCAACAUGCAAGUCCUCCUCCUGCUCGCAGGUCUAGGGUUCUGCUGGGGGCAGUACAGCCCCAACACUGAGGCCGGGAGGACGUCUAUAGUACAUCUCUUUGAGUGGCGCUGGGCUGAUAUUGCUCUUGAGUGCGAGCGCUAUUUAGGUCCUUAUGGAUUCGGAGGAGUUCAGGUUUCACCUCCAAAUGAAAACAUUGUCAUUACUAACCCACACAGACCCUGGUGGGAAAGAUACCAGCCCAUCAGCUACAAGCUCUGCACUCGGUCAGGAAAUGAAGAUGAGUUCAGAGACAUGGUGACCAGAUGCAACAACGUUGGAGUUCGCAUUUAUGUGGAUGCUGUGGUCAACCACAUGUGUGGCUCCGGGGGUGGCUCAGGCACUCAUUCUACCUGCGGAAGCUACUUUAAUGCCGGUAACAGAGAUUUUCCAGCUGUGCCAUACUCUGGCUGGGAUUUCAAUGAUGGCAAAUGUAAAACUGGAAGUGGAGAAAUUGAAAGUUAUGGUGAUAUCUAUCAGGUCCGGGACUGUCGCUUGUCUGGCCUUCUGGAUCUGGCCCUGGAGAAGGACUAUGUCCGCUCAAAAGUUGCUGACUACAUGAACCAUCUCAUUGAUAUUGGCGUAGCAGGCUUCCGAAUUGAUGCUGCCAAACAUAUGUGGCCUGGCGACAUUAAAGGAUUUCUGGACAAGCUGAAAGAUCUAAAUACUCAAUGGUUUUCUGCAGGAACAAGACCUUUCAUUUACCAAGAGGUAAUUGACUUGGGUGGAGAGCCGAUCACAGGCUCACAGUACUUUGGAAACGGCCGAGUGACGGAAUUCAAAUAUGGUGCCAAACUGGGGACAGUGAUCCGCAAGUGGAAUGGAGAAAAGAUGGCUUACUUAAAGAACUGGGGAGAAGGCUGGGGCUUUGUGCCUUCCGACAGAGCCCUGGUCUUUGUGGAUAAUCACGACAACCAGCGGGGACAUGGGGCCGGUGGGGCUUCCAUUCUGACCUUCUGGGAUGCCAGGCUUUAUAAAAUGGCAGUUGGUUUCAUGCUUGCUCAUCCAUAUGGGUUCACACGUGUGAUGUCAAGUUUUCGCUGGCCAAGAAAUUUUGUAAAUGGACGGGACAUCAAUGACUGGGUUGGCCCACCAAGUAACUCAGAUGGAUCAACAAAGGCUGUUACGAUCAACGCAGACACUACCUGUGGCAAUGACUGGGUUUGUGAACAUCGCUGGCGUCAAAUCAGGAACAUGGUUGUCUUCCGUAACGUGGUGGAUGGUCAGCCUUUCUCCAACUGGUGGGACAAUGGCAGCAACCAAGUAGCUUUUGGCCGUGGCAAUAAAGGCUUCAUUGUUUUCAAUAAUGAUGACUGGGAUAUGAACGUCAGUUUGCAAACUGGGCUGCCUGCUGGUACCUACUGUGACGUUAUUUCUGGACAAAAGGAGGACAACCGAUGCACUGGAAGUCAGGUGUAUGUUUCUGAGGAUGGACGGGCUAAUUUCAAGAUUAGUAACCACGCUGAAGAUCCAUUCAUGGCAAUUCAUGUUAAUGCCAAGUUGUAACUCGGGCGAGACAUCUUUCUCCGUUUGGUCUCUGCAUCAUCGAUUUCCCCGUAACUGGUGAAUCCCUGGUAUUUGAGCAGGAGUGAUUCUCUGUAUCUAAUGAAUAAUAAAUGGCAAGCAAAUUGAA